AUGGGAAUAAUUACUGCGAAUGGUAGUGCUGCUGGCUCACUGCUCAGCCCUGCCACCAGGGGGCUCAAGAGAGUGCUGUGGGCACUGAUGCUAGUCACGUCUGUUACUAUCUAUGGCUCUCAUGCUCCCCUCCUGACUCUGUGUAAAGUGGAUGGAAAGAUCCCAUUCAGCGCCUCAUCUGUUGUGGUUCUUACUGAGCUGACCAAGCUGGUGCUCUCCUUCAUUUCCCUGCUGAUCUGGGACCGGAGGCAGCUGGGAGUCUCACUGUCAUGGCGCCAUGCUGCCCCCUUUGCCCUAUCUGCACUGCUCUAUGCUGCCAACAAUAACCUGGUGGUUCACAUGCAGCUGUUCAUGGAUCCUAGCACCUACCAGGUCCUGAGUAACCUGAAGAUUGGCAGUACUGCUCUCCUGUACAGCAUGUUCCUGCACCAAAGACUCUCUCUACACAAGUGGCUGGCCCUCUUCCUGCUAACAGCUGCUGGGGUGAGCUACACCUAUGGGGGCCUCCAGGACCUGCAGCACUCCUCCAGCUCCUCUGAGAUGCAACUGCACAUCACCCUGAUUGGCUUGCUGCUCAUCUCUGUGUACUCCCUGAUAUCAGGCCUGUCUGCUGUCUAUACCGAAGUCAUCCUGAAAACCCAAGAUCUGCCACUUACCCUCCAGAACCUGUUUCUUUACUUCUUUGGAGUCCUGCUGAACUUGGUUGUCCAUCUCUUGAGCAGCAAUGGGGCUGGAUUCCUGGAUGGCUUCUCUUUCUGGGUGCUGGUAAUUGUGGUGAGCCAGGCCCUGAAUGGCUUGAUAAUGUCUGUGGUCAUGAAGCACAGCAGUAACAUCACCAGGCUCUUUGUUAUCUCCUGCUCCAUGCUUGUUAAUGCCCUCUUAUCUAUCCUGCUCUUCAGCCUGCAGCUCACUGCCUUUUUCUUCCUUGCUGUCCUGCUGAUCGGCUUGGCUGUUCACUUGUAUUAUGGAGUCAAAUAGACUCCACCUUGCAGCUCUGUGGGAGACAUCUGGUGUUGAAGCUAUAGCUGGCAUGUUCUGGGCUAUUAUGUGGGAGUGGCAACGGCUUGUUCUUUUUUUUUGUCUCAUUUUUAUGUAACAAAUGCAUUAGUCUGGACUGGCUGCACUCUUAGAGGGCAGAUUCCCUUCAGAACCCAUCACCUGAGGUCAGGGACAAGCAUGUGUGAGGCAGUAGGGCUGCAGCUGAAAGCUACUGACUAUCACAAGCAGACCUUGCCUGUAGUUAGCAUGUGCACUGUGAGGAAUUGCACUAUUUGUUGUGCAGCACGAAGAAGCAAGAGGGGAUCUGUCCCCACGGAAGGGGACAUGUUCAUUGCAUGGGCUCAGUAUUCCGCAUACAGGGACUCUGUCCCGCAAGGCACUGACUGAGCAGCCGCCAUUGGUGUCUGCAGGAUCAGGCCCAAUGUAUCCCUUUUAGGGGAAGGGUGAGAGGGCUUCCUGGUGAAGACUAAGCCAGUGACAGUAACAGCAGUUUAAUGGGGUCCUCUGUGACCAUCUCCCCUUUUGCCUGAGCUCCCGUCCUCAGGCCCUUUCUUGGAGAGCUUUGAGGGACUCUCUUUACAUCUGAGCAGCACUUAUUCCAGCUCAUUCAAGGACCACUUGUGUGAUGUGAGCUGCUUCCUUCUCUGGCCAUGCCUUGUGCCUCCACAAUGCUCUGAGCCCUGAUCCAGCCGUUACAGAUUCAAAGUGCCUUUUGGAAGGGGAUAGCCCCGGUUUUGUGCACAUCCUCUGCGGUGAGCUGCACACUGGCUCCAAGGCCAGAGCCUUGUUCUCAUGCAGCACUUGGCAAAUGUAUUUUCCAGAUCCCUUCCUACCUGCUGCUCUCAUCUCUGUAACAGAGCACCAAAGAGCCGUCAACUCUUCUGUCAGUGUAAACGAUACAUGUAACUGUCUCUCUGGAAAGUUCCAGUGACAUGACCAGCUGCUGUUCAGCUGGGGGCCUGUGUGUGCAUGGUUAUCACUCACACUCCUUGCACAUGCACACUGGCACAUGUGCUUCUCAAAAUCUGGCUCUUAACCUGUAGUAGACUCCUGGAUCCAGAUCCUCAAAGGCACCUAACUCCUACUGAUUCCAGUGGGAGCUAGGUGCCUAAAUACCUUUGCAGAGCUUAGCCCUGAUCACCUGGGCCCCAGCUGGAACCCAUCAGGUGAAUCUGUCACUAGCAUCAGCCCGUUUCCAAGGUACCCAAUGCCUACAGCUGACUCCUGCUUCCCCUCUUGCCCUUUGGAUUGAAGCUUAGAUCUGUAUCUUCAGCAUGAAAACAGCUACUGUUGAGUGUUAGCUGAGCUGUCAACUAUGAUGCGCUGCAGGAGCUGGGGUGGUGGCUUGAAGCCAGAGGAGUUCCCUGUUGAUUGGGAGAGAGGAAAAGAAACUUCCAAAAUAAAAUGGUUGGAAUCAUUAAGAUCCCAGAAUUGAAGGCAGGGGUGAUUGCAGUGCUGGGGCAGGAGCUGGUUUGGCAGCCCUGCAGACUGACCCUUCUGUCUAGACACAAAACAGAUGCAGGCCUGGCAGUCCCAGCUUCCCCCACACAUGCCAGUGGCCCACCUUGAGGGACCCCAUCUCUGUUCAGUCUCCAUGGUCCAGUCUGUUUUUUGGGGGCUGCUCAGGCAGGCAGCGGGGCUGCCAGUUGUCAGUCAGGUGGUGGAGACCUGCCCCCUUGAAAAUUGUCCUUGCCAAGCCCUGGAUUUCUCCAUAAAUGACUGAACCCUUUACAAGCAACUGACAGGGUGGGAGGAAGGCAGCUCCCUGCUUUGUACCAGCCAGUGUAGGAGCCUGAGCAGUCAGCUUGGCAGGGGAGAGCUUUCUGCUCUGCCAUUCCCGGUACCCAACCUCAUCAGCGGUCUGCGUGUACUGGGCGAGGGGUUCAGCUGUUUCCAGAGUAGGAUGUCUGAACAGGGGCUAAUGCUUCCUCCCUAGCCUAGAAAUGCAGUAAAAGCGCACUUUGAGAGGCAGGGCUGGAGCUUUGGGCUGACCCAUGUGGUCUUGCACUGCCUUCCCCGUACACCUUUCCGCUGACCAUGCUGUCUGCUCCAAUGCACCUGCCCAUUAACCUGUAGAAGCCACCACAUGCAGCUGCUGCCUCCCGGGACAGAGGUCUGACUACAUUCCACACUCCUGCCGGCUCCAACUCGGGCUGCCCUGGAGUGUUGUGCUUCCCAGUAUGCUGUUGGGCAGAUCCUGUGCUGUACAGCCCAAACUCCCUACCUCAGGGAAGCUGUGCCUCAUCUCAUGAAUUGAAUUGCCCAUUUCCCACUGUGCCAGUCCCAAGCUUGCAGUUCCAGGCUGGGGCAGGGCAGGGGGCAGCCAUUCCUGCUACAGGCCUCUGAUUCCCACUUGACCUGGAGUCCCCAUGGGAACAGUGCAGCUGCAUGGGGCUAUUGCCCUGCUUCUCAGCUGAUGCCUGCAGCAGUGCACGUUUCUGAGAGUGACUAUUUAGUCUGUAUAAAUGAUGGGUUUGUAUCUGGAUUUGUACUACCUUAGGUUUGACAAGGUUCAAUUCCUGUCACCCCCAGUGCGCCAGACAGCAACGCCUACCCUGGCGCUGGCUGUGGUAUUAAAACCUGCACUUUCCUA